AUGGCACAUCAUCAGAAGCAAGUGAGGAAAUUCGUUGCCCAAGGGAUUGGACGUGGGAGCGGGCUCCAAGGACAUUCCAGCCUCCCGCCUAAGCCCGGAAUUCCUGGAAAACCUCUUCCCAGGGACACCGGGCCUAUUGUGCUUACUGGGGGUAAAGAAACUACAGGCUCUGGGAAUUUUUCAUACUCCCACGUGGCAAAGAGGACAUACUCAUCCACUACAAUGACAAAGGCUGAGUCUCCCCCCGCCGCACGCCGCGAACCGGUGAUGACCGAACUCGCACCUGCUUCAAAAUCCAAAGUGGCGACCUCUCCUGUCCAUCGCCAUCAGCCUCCUGUUGCUCCUAUCACUCCUCCCGCUGAAGCAAUGACUCGACCCUUUGUCGAUCAGAUUCCUUCCUUGAUAAACUAUAGUACGGAUUCGAAAGAAACUGGAAUUCAGUCGGGAGACCAGAUUCCUUCAUCCCAGCAAGCCAAAAUGGAGUUGCAAUCACAAGACAGCAAUGAGUUGGAAACUCUGAAGACUCGUGCUGAUCAUGCUUAUUCUAACACAAUGAGACCGGAGAUGGUUUCCCAACCUAAUUUCCUAUCAUUCCCUCACCCAGCUUUCUAUGAGAACAUUCAAGAGAAUGGUUUCCACCUUAAUAGAAAUUUAAACACUACAAACGGCAAUGAAACACCAAUUCAGAAUGGCCCACUCUCUGAUGGAUACCCACCCUACGCUCUCCCACAUCCACUCCCGCCGCACCAUCCCCAUCCCCACCACAUGCCUUUUCACCACCAGGGCUUCAUUCCACGUGGCCCUCAAGAUCUCUACCAAUUUCACAGCAGCAUGACCCCUCCAAACACAGGUACAAUGUUUGCACCACCACCUCCUUUCCGACCACAUGGUACAUUCGACAGUUCAAGUCAAACUUCCGAGAAGGGCGGUAGCACAAAUCCCCAAACUCCGUUUACCCCAACCCAUCCAUUUCCAGUACACAUGGACAUGCAGCACCAGCACCACAUGUCUGUUUUCUCCCCUCCACCUCAUGAACAUUUAGUCCACUUCAAUAAUUCCUCAAAUGAGCAUCAUCCUCAAGAAGACCGGGCUUUCGAAAAUGCCUUAAUUGCAUCACAGGAAAACAAAACAAGGCAAACUAGCAUAAUUGAGAGUAACCCGCUUCUUCGCAACAUUUCAUUCUUUCCACCCGACAACGAUCAGCAGUACAACGGGAUGCCAACUGGAAACAUGAUUAUGCCUGCUGAAAUAUCUAAUCCUGGUUUUAAUAUGGGUCGUCAUGGCAUAAUGCACUCAGAUGGGAACCAAAACAGGCAGCCGAACAGUUUCGACCCUUCAAUGGGACGCCCUCAUAAAUCUAAUUUCGAGGUGCCUGAUAAGGGGACUGCCGCAGCUCAUAGAUUGCAGUCAUAUUCGUUGGAGUACUAUUUAUGUGACAGGUUGUCUGAUGUGAAACUAUCGGUGAAUCAAACUGGAGGAGAGUAUGAUUGGAACGCCGAAGAAUUUAACGCACACUCUUUUAUCUUGGGAAGGUCAACAAAAUUGGCCCGUCUGAUUGAAGAUCAGGUCAAUAAUAAAGAUGAACAGGCCUUGAAAGAUUCAAGGGACUCUGGCAUGUGGGCUGAUCAAACGGAAAUGGGGCGGAAGGCGAAAAUCACAUCGAGCCGAAAGAUUACUCUUUCAUUGAAAACAAGCGACAAAUACAUCAACCGCGAUAGCUUCUUGCUUUCAUUACGGUGGUUAUAUGGGGCUGCAGAUUGGGAACUUGAUGCGUAUUUGGAUCCUAGUCAUUCGAAACAUAGAACGCUAGAAUGGACCAGAGAAAGCACCGAGAAGGCGGAUAAUUUCAGAAAAGGUUCUACUCCUGAAAGCGUCAAUCCCUCUGAGGGAAGUAUUCACCAAGAGACCAAUAACUCAACCAAAUCGAUAUCUCUUGGAAACAUCAUGCAAAGCAGCAAAAGCGAAGAGGUACAAAUGUUGGACAGAAGUAUUGCAUUGCUGGCUACUGGCACCUUACUAGGAAUCGAUGAAAUCGUAGAGAGAGGGGUAUGGGGAAUCAGGAGAUGGGGAAUGCGUUUAGAAGGAGGCGCUCUUGAAAGGCUUCUAGAUUUUGCGCUCCAUGCGAAUGAAGAAGCUGAAGCCAAGGCACUCGCCAACGGUAUCAACGAACCAAGUACAGGAUAUGGCGUUUUUGCAAAGAAUAUGCUCGAUGAAGCUGUCGCGUUUCUAGUUAAAAAUUUGCCGCAGCCAUUCAAGUUUGAUCCUAGGGCACCCGCAAGCAAAUAUCUCUUACGCUUUUCUGAAGCGCCUAACCGCUCUUCAACCGGGGUCAAUACCCCGAUCUCUCCUUUAAAUAGAGGAUUUAGUGGGCCAGCCGAAAUUCGACAAGCUUAUUCCACCAUUUUGCUGAGCGUGCCAUUUGGCUUGCUGAGAAUUAUACUGGAGCACGAUGGUUUUGGUGUUAGGGUCAAUGAUUGGAAGGGGUUCGAAAAAUAUGACAUUGCAAAGGCGGUCGUGCACGAAAGAGAGAGGCGACGCAAGUACAGUUUCAAGGUUGAAAGAGACCGGAGGCUUAGUAUUUGUAGCGACCUUGGGACUGCCGACGGUCAUACAUCCGAUUUAUCUAUGUCACCAGCACUUCUAAGUGAUAAGAGCCCUGAUCACGAGGAUUUGCACUGGGAGGAAAGCGUCCUACGUACGUUUGGUCAUGGUGGGAACGGGCUUGAAAUAACCCGCCGAAAGAAAGGUGUGGGUGCGGCAGCUGGGGGGAGAGUAUUGUGGAAAGUUGGCGACUCCACUGCAAAGGUUUGA